AUGGAAAAGAGGAGAGAAGAUUUUGGGAGGCCGAACCCGAUAAAAACUCCCAAUAAGUUCAGAAACUGGGAGAAGUUUUAUGCGUACCACAACGAGGUGGGGCACGACACCUCCGAAUGCUACGCCCUGAAAGAUGUAAUUGAAGAACUGAUUCGAAGGGGCCGGCUGCGAGAUUACGUGGUGCGACCUGCAAACCAGCCACCCCAGCAGACGAAUAAACAACGACCUCCCCCCGAGGAUGAGCAUGCGCCUGCGGUUCGAACGAUCUACACAAUCCACGGUGGACCUCACCUCGCGGGUACAUCGAACAGGUCACAUGAAAGGUAUGUACGCGAAGCUAAUCACGUCUUGAUAGCAGGAUCUGUUGAGCAGAUGGGACCGCCUAAGCGAGCUAGGGUGGCAAUGAAAGAAAUCACCUUCUCCGAAGAAGAUGCCAGGGACAUACACUGGCCGCACAAUGACGCCCUUGUCAUUCGUGCCCACAUCGGCAACAUGGAGGUACGAAGAAUAAUGAUGGACACUGACAGCUGGGUAAAUGUGAUGUAUAGGGCCUGUUUCGACCAGAUGGGACUAGGGCCCAAGUAA